UAACUGCGAAGAUACUUUUGAGUCAAACGAACCGAUCGAAACAAUUAACAGCUGUAUUUAAGUUCGGGUUAAAAUAAAGACCGGUCGUGGUUUUUUAAUCGUUAUCCUCUUCUUUUUUGUAAAUCUAAUAAUUUUACUUUACUACAUUUUUAUUUUUUAUUUUUUUAGUUGUAUUCAGAGCGGGAGGUUUGGGGGUUUUUUUUAGCGUUUUGUCAUCAUGCGGAGACUACCUGCCACGAUCGUCCUGUUGACAGUACUGAAAGUGUCGGUGUGUAUUCAGGUGAUUGUUCCUGAGCAGGAACGCAGAACAACUCUGUUUGCCUCAGUGAUCCUCCGCUGUGACUACAGCACCUCUGCGAACCCCCAAGAUGUUCUGCUCACCUGGAGGUUCAAGUCCUUCUGCAAGGAUCCUGUUCUGGAGUACUACUCCACAUCGUACCAGUCUGCACUACAGUUAGGACAGGACCCAUCGAACGACUGCCCAGAUCGUCUGCGGACAGUGCGCACUGUGAUCCAGAAGAGAGGAACCAGCGAACCGACACUGGGACCAGAAUACCGCGAACGCAGGAUUACUAUCCAAAACAAGGCAGACCUGGUGAUUAGUGAGGUGAUGUGGUGGGACAACGGGGUGUACUACUGCACUGUGGAUGCCGCUGGGGACACCACUGGAGACUCUGACAAGGAAAUCAAGCUCAUUGUCUACCACUGGUUGACGGUGUUGUUAAUCAUCCUCGGAGCGCUCCUUCUGAUCAUCCUCCUCUGUGUCUGCUGCUGCCAGUGCUGCCCUCAGAGAUGCUGCUGCUAUGUGCGCUGUCCCUGCUGCCCACAGCGAUGCUGCUGUCCAGAAAAAGCGGUGAUGCAGUAUCGUAUGAUGAAGGAGGCUCAGAGGGCCAUGAAUCCCUGGUUUGGAGGACAGCCGGUAUAUGGACCAAUGAGCCAUGCCUCCUCCCAGAUGAACCCACUGCUCUACUCAGGAUCUGUUUCAGGGAAGAGCAUCCCUAUGAAGCCAAUGCCCCUCCCUCCUCCUCAGUCUUCAGCUUACACCAUGCCCCCUCCCAGUGUCCAUAGCAACCACCCCCCUGCCAACAACAAUCAGAUGCUUGAUUACCUGGAGAGCCAGGUGAGGGGGAUGGAUAUGGCCAGUCCUCUGCUACAGUCCCAGCCUCCUCCACCCCCUCACAUGCAUCAGAUCCCACCUCCUCUUCCUCCCCAGCACAUGCCCAUCAACGUCCCAUUUUCCCACGGUCCUCCCAGUAUGAUCUCUGCCCUUGAUGAUGGCCCAGCAGACCGUCGUAUCAUCACACUUCCACCAAUAAGGGAGCAGCAGCCAGGCAGAAUCCCACCUCCUGCACCCAAGACUCGGCCCCCAAGCUCAAGUGAGAGCAGCCGCAGCGGCUUUGGCCGUCGUGAUGAGCGAGGAGCAGCGGGUAGGCGUUACCCCUCACCUACUAGAUCUAGAGGUAUUCCCCGGAGCUACAGUGAGGAGUCACUGGAUGGGCGGAGUCACAGGGGGGCACAAGGAGGCAUGGACCGCCCCCGCUCCCGUUCCAGGGAUGACCUGUUUGACAGCAGGUCCAGAGGAAACUACUCUCCCCCAGCAUCACGACACCCGAGACGAGGGUCUUGGAGCUCAGAUGAUGAGGGUAGCAGCAGGAGAGGAGGAGGAUCAGGAGGGAGGAGAGGAGGUGGAGGUUGGGCUGACAAACCUCCCAGCUACACUGAAUAUGAGCCUGGGCACAAACCGGGAGCACGGAGGAAUGAACGCUACUCUGACAAGAGUUCUCGCAGCGGCACCAGCGUCGUCAUCUGAACCCUCCAGCUGUGAAACGCCCUGUGAUCUCUGUUUCAGAGAACAUGCACACCUCACUAGAACUAGGAGCCUUGUUUUCUGGCUACUGGUUAAUUAAAUUAAAUACCACCGUUUUUAUGUGUUAAAAUGAAUUAUGAACCAACUCUUCUGUUUACUUUUGAAAAGUGAAAAGCUGGCAAAGGGAUUCAAACAACAACUGUGGAAUGUUCCCCCUCAAAGUGUGCAGGUGGUAAAGCAAGUGCUUGUCAUAAUAAGGAAACCUAUUUGGUAGCCUAUAUUUUGUUUUUUAGAUAUUGAUUUAUGAGAACCCAGCAAGUCUUAACUGUGACUACUGAAUAGAUUUUUGGGACAUGUCCCCCUCUGCUGGUUCUUCAGUGUAAUGACAAAAUUCUGAGGUGAUCUGGUCUAAAAGCCUCCUGUCAGAUUUUUUUUUAUGUGGUCUUACAAUUGAUGUUUAUCGCCACUGAAACUCUAUUUGUUUGCCACUAACACUAUUAAUUCUUUCAUUGAGAAAGCCAUAAAGCAAUUACUAUUAAUUGCAAAAGAAAUGACUCUCAGGGCCAGUAAACAAACAAAUUACACUUGUUACAAUAGAACUAUUUAAACCCACAUAAAUAUGAAUAGAUUCUUGUGAAUACUGAAGCAAGUUUUUAUCUUUUUUUGUAAAUGGUUAUUUUUCAUAUUUCCUGGAUGUCUUGAAGUGAUUAUAGUGCCUUUGUUUUACUAAUGUUUUAUAGGAAAAGGUGUGUACAGUUACCCUCUGUUCAGAUAUUGAUGAAGUGGUUUGUACAUAGCAUGAAUGAAGUAUUUACACUUAGUGAUUUUAAAUAACUGUUAACACCACAUGCAAAUAAGUAUGUUACAUGGUGUUGAUGUAGGAAGUGAAGCCAUGUCAACAAUGUUAAAGACCCUAAAGUUUUUUUUUUGUUUGUUUCUAAAUUGCAAUUGUUGGCACAAAAACUAUAUAAUAUUUCUUUCAACAAACAGUUCUGGAAAAUUAUUUCUUCUUCUCUUUUUUGUUUUUGCACUGUACAGUUUGUGUUUAUUAAUAAUAUGGAAAAUAAACUUUGUACCUUUUUGGUA